AUGGACGCUGCAGCCAAAAUCCGAGCUUAAACUUUUUAUUUAUUUAUUUAUUUUCAGCUGGAGUAACAGAUUCCCGACUCCUGAUCAGACACACACGCAGGCUAAAGUGGUACCCUUCGGACACAUUAGAGGGAGGGUGGGGCGCCAGUAAAGAUUUCUUAAUGGGCUCUGCCGUCCUCUUGUCCAUCUGGCUUGAUGAUAAACACACAGCUGCUCAACAUUAGCCUGAUGCGCAUCAGAGCGUUCAACAUUUUCAUUCUUCUUUUAAACCCCUCACCCCCCCAAGUUUUGCAACAAACCAACAAUUUGGAUCAGAAGAGGGAGAACAAACACAUGGACUAAAAAUGAUUGGCAGUGUUCCAGCACUAUUGGAGAUGGAAGUGAUGGAGACCAAACAGUGAGAUUUAGAAGGACUCGUCUCGUCGGGGUUUCUUGUAAAGCGGUUGGAUCUCUGGUCUUCGUCAGAGUGCACAGGGGGACCGCGCUCUGUGCUAUUGUUUACAUGUGAAUGACACCAUCCAGCCAGCCCCAGCCCAGCAGAGAGCUCAGAGACAGGUUGCAGUCCUGUGGGGAGAUGCCUUCCCUGCACCACGGAGCGAUCUUCGUCGGAGCCUUCCUCAUUGUGACCGGGGGCUCCACAGCCUUCCUGGCCUCUUACCAGAGCCGCCUGCAGGCUUUCUCGCUGUGCUGCGUGGUGCUGGGGGUGGUCAUGCUCAUCCUGGGACUCUUCUGGGCCAUGAACAGCAAAAACGUAGCGAACUACAACCAGCGGGACUUCGACCCGGACUGUCCCCAUUACCCAUACAACGACUACUCCAACUACUCCAGCCAUGCUCUCUUCUCUCCUCAGCUGACUCGGUUCCCAGAGUCCCAGUCCGUGUUUCUGCCCAGGACGAUGGAGAGCCACAGGAAUGCUACUCGUGGUGAAGAUUUCGACUAUCCACCCAUGGACUGUGGCGGGUUAAGCCCAGCACCUCGCCCUCCACCGUGGCUGGAACCCCCACCUCCGUAUGAGGUCGCCAUCAAGACCACCUGCAGCUCUACACACCUGCGGCGUGCAUAUUCAGACACACACCUGGCAACAGAGCCCUUAUUUGGACAGUCGAGAGAGAUUAGCUUUGAGGUGUGACACAUCCUCUUGUCUUUAAAAUGGGCACAAAUUUGAUGCUAGCUCCUACCUUUGUGAUUCAUUUGAAGCCUACGUCUUCCUAGUUUACUGCAUGUUUUUUUUUUCCUACAUUAAAUACGUCAAACAUGAUAAAGCUAGUUCGAGGUAAUUUGGGCAAAAUAAAGCAUUGCAAGCCAACAUUUCAACAACUUGCUAACAAAUACUGAGCUUGCUUAAAUAUCAUUCUUACAUUCCAAACUGAGUACUACAUUGUUUUUCUAGAGAUCAUUCUAGGAUGAUUUGUAUUAUAAGACAUGUAUUAGAGAUAAUAUUAUUACAAAUUAAGUAUGAACUAAGAAGCAGCUACAGCAUGUUAGCCUAGCUUAGCAAAACACAGUGCUGAGGUGAGUUUUAAUGAUGGCUGGGUAACAAAAGGUAACCCAUUUAAUAGUGACAUACCUACUGAAUUUCUUUUUUUUUAUUUCUUUUUUUUUAAAUCUUAUUCACCAAAUAUCAAUUCUGGAGCCAGAAGCUUUAAUGAACCAAGACCGUUCACCUCUAUUUGCAUGAGGCUAAAUCAUUUAAAGGGGGCAAAGCCUCAAUCAUGCACACCACUGAGCUUUGACGCAGCUAAAAUGAUUAAAGUAAGAAGUUACAGACUUUUCUGACUGAAGCUAUGUUACUGUAUUUUAAGCUUAACGUGUGGUUCUAAAACUACAAUGUGUAGGGAAGAGCAGAGAUUGAUUCACUUUUGGAGCUAGGUUUAAGGGGACAUUUUGAGGAAAUACUUUUUAUUUUAUCCCUCUCCCAAUCUAAAAGUGAAUCUCAAAAGGCUAUGCAAAAAGUUUCGAGAUUUUGUAGUGUAUGAUGUAAUGUCCGGUGUUUUCCCACAUAUAAUGUGAUACAUAGCUAUCACAAUUGAACUGAAAAGGUAGCAGAUUUCCUCAAAGUGGGUGGAAAAACAAUUAAAAAAUGCAACAUUCUGGUUGCAUAAGUGUAACCAAGCCUUUUAUAGUAACUGGUUGAAGCUUGUUUUGACUCAGUUUCAGCAUUUGGCUUUUGCAUAAGUCUGUCAGCACCCAACAUUUUGACUUGCCAAUAUUUUCCCAUCCUGCUAACAUUUUCAGAGUCUCUCAGACUCUGAGAGACCCAACUCUCUUCCUGUCAAGUUUACUUCUAGGUUUUGGCUUACCCAUUCCAAAUCUUUAAUCUUCAUCUCAUAAAACAUUCGUAUGUGGAUUUGGAUAUAUAUAUAUUUGGGUAAAAGGGGGAUAUACAGCCAACCUGAGACUGACCACACUUAUCACUCACACUUUAAAUCAGCAACUAUGCAGUUUGAGGACUUCCAGAAGCACAUAGAUCAAAUGUUGGAUAAUGAAUGUAAAGAAAACCAAAUAUAUUGAUUAAUGCCAAUCAAAGAAACUUGCCUUUUUUUUCUCCCUCUUCAAAUCAAACUGAAACAAUCUGAAGAUAAUUUAGCAUCUGGCUCAGUUGCAGAGGGUUUUAACGCAUUUGACAGUAGAUUGUUAUUUUUUCUGAUUUGCAGCUUUUCAACAGCAAAUCAACAAGGUCGUUAACUUUGUUGGUCGUACUUUGACUGAAAAGAGUUAGCAGUGACGGAGACUUCGUCACAAAAUACCAAUAUUCACAGGAGUUCAGAGAAGGAAGUGUGACGAACGGUUGUUUUAAAUACCGUCCUUUAAGUUGUAGCAAACCUUUAUGUGCCGAGCUUUGACAAUCACUUUGGGCUUGAUGGGGGGGAAAACAUCAGCAGUUGAAAUGAUGUUAACCUCCAUCAAUUGCCUUAUAGCGGCAGGAGCAAGCAGAAGGUACAAAACCUGCCUUAAUUCAACAAAUACUUGUGCACGCUUAUUUAAUUUUUUAACCUGCAAAGUUGCACGUUUCUGGGGGGGGUUUUUUGUGAAAAAAGAAAAAUCUCAAACAAAUGCUUUCCUCGUUUUUUUUUUCCAUUUGUGUGCUUAUUCUCCUCCUCAUUGUGCUGGAAGCCUGGGAACACUGACUCAUCUGACCAUAUGUGCUUCCAUGUGCUCAACAGACCAUCGCCCUUCUUUGGCGUAGCAUCCUCUGCUUUUAAAUAUUACAACACGGCCGAUUGCAGUCGCACAUUUUCUCAAAUAUUUUUUUUUCCAUUUUAAAGAAUGGCACCAGAGUGGUUGAAUUUGAAUCAGUUUUCGAGGCGCCACCUUCUUGCAAAGGCUUUUAUCUCCAGCGCUGCGACGUGGAAAUUGACUUCCAGCCGCACUGAACUCGUUUCUUCAUCAUCUUGGGGGGCGUUCAGGUACAACUUGAAAGGCUUACACAUGUAUCCACCUUAACUUGUAUGUGUCAUGUUUAUUGUUUGCUUGUUUAUAUGAAUGUGUGCUUCAUUUCUGCACAAAAGCUAAAAACAUCAACUGGAAACCAUUAUCCUAGGUCGUAAGACAAACGAUUCAGACAGAGUUACAAUUGUGAAAAAAAAAGAAAAAAGAAAUAAGGUUUGUCGAAGCAGGCAAAAAAACAACAACAACAACAAUAGAAUGUUUUCUGGAUGACUGACACUGAGUGCAUAAUACUGCCAUCACCCUACAUUGCACUAUUCAUUGUAAAGGAAGAAGCUGCACUGCACUCCUCUGAUCUCUGACCGAAGAAGCACAAUAAAUGCAGCCUGCAGGAUUCACAGAAGUAGACAAAAUUACUGUGUGUGUGCAUGUUUAAUGUGUCUGGUUAUUAUUAUUAUUAUUCUUGAGAAAGUGAACAUCUAUGUCAGAUCAUGUGAGAGUGUAUUAAUUUUUCUUAAAUAAAACACAUGGAUGGAAGAGGCAGUGCUGAUAUGUUUUGGUUUUUUUUUAGAUUUAUUGCACAGACAGUUUGCAUGGCUUUUAUUUUUAUUUACAAGUUCAGAAAAGUUCACAAAUACGACCAGUAAACUGUUUCAUCAAAAAAAAAAAAAAA